AUGGGGUAUGGCGGUGAUCAGGACGCUGGUAUGGGGUAUGGCGGUGAUCAGGAUGCUGGUAUGGGGUACGGUGGUGAUCAGAAGUCUGGUAUGGGGUAUGGCAGUGAUCAGAACACAUACAGGUAUGGGGUAUGGCGGUGAUCAGGACACUGGUAUGGCAUAUGGUGUGAUCAGGAUGCUGUUAUGGGGCAUGACAGUGAUCAGGAUGUUUGUAUGGGGUAUGGCGGAGAUUAGUGUGCUGGUACAGCAGUUGACAGUGAUCAGGGUGUUGGUAUGGGGUAUGGCGGUGAUCAGAUGAUCUGCUGUA